ACUAUACUUCUACAACUGUCCAGUAUUGAUUCAACCUCAAAGUGCUUGGGUGUCACACUGUAAUUUACCUAGUUGAUAAUGUUCUUCUAUGAAAAAGUUUUCUUUUUGCUAUAUAUUGCAAAGUGUUUUUAUGUGGCUGAAACACGCCAAUUUCGAGUUACUGACCAAGUAUACCUGGAUAUACAAGAUGAGAAUAAGCCCUUAGGACGGGUAGUGAUUGGAUUAUUUGGUGACUUAGCUCCUAAAGCUGUAAAGAACUUUAAAGUUCUCGCUACUAAAGGAAUCAAAGGAAAAUCUUACAAAGGGACCUCAUUCAACAGGAUUAUUAAACGGUUUAUGGUUCAAGGUGGUGAUGUAGUGUCUGAUGAUGGUUCAGGUUCUAUUAGCAUAUAUGGCGAGACAUUCGAAGAUGAAAACUUGGACACACAACAUACCUUGGCUGGCUUUGUUUCUAUGGCCAACAAAGGAAAGGACACAAAUGGCUGUCAGUUUAUAAUAACAACAACUGGAACACCUUGGCUGGAUAAUAUACACACUGUGGUGGGGAGGGUGAUCGAAGGGCAGAACAUAGUGCACCUCUUGGAGCACACGCCGACAGACGUGGAUGACCGGCCGCUGCGGCGUGUGUACAUCGCUGACUGCGGCCUGCUGCCUACCCCGCAGCCUUUUUACAUCUCCGAUGACCCUUACGAUUUGUGGGCGUGGAUCAGGGCUUCAGCGGUCCCCCUGACGAUGUCCUUCUCCAUCCUGGGCUUCUUCCACUGGAUGAUAAGGAAAAUGGAGAUAUAACUAUGUUAGUACCUAUACCUUACAUAAUAUUCUUUAUUAAAAAGCAGUUAACUAUAGAGACGUAAGUAAAUUUCCAUAUCACGAUUUUCCCCCAAAUGCGUUUAUAAGCUGAUGAUUAGAAAAUUUGCAUAACUUAUUCAAGUUUGUAUACAAAUUAGUCCAAGAUAGUUGUUUAAUUUUGGAUGGAAUUUUAUAAAAUAAAAAGUCAGGCUUAUUAUAAAUUUAUUUAAUUUCAAUAUUUUCCAAAUAUUCAUGUGUAUAUCACAUUUAGUCAAUUUUAUACUGCGAUUAUACUCUAACCGUUUUGCGUCAAUAUAGGUACCUAUGGCUCUGACAUAUCGUUUUCUAUACAAUUCAGCGCGAAUACUGCCAAUUGCUGCCAGCAUUACAGUCAUAUUCUUAUUUGUAUUUUAUACAUUAAUAAAUUAUUUACAGUUAAAUAUACUAUCUUAUUAAAAUUCUAGCUAAAUUAUUAGUCAAGGUCUAUACAUAUUUUGGUAAAACGUGUGUUUUACCAUUAACUUUAUAUAUCACAUUAGUCUGAUUAGUCGAUUAGAAGUCCUUGAGAGAGUAACUCAGUACGUAACCUUACGAUACGAUAAUAUCUAGGCUUAAAUUAAAAGUCGUCAGACGACAAAAGUCCAUCCAUAGGAUUCACUGGGACAUUUGAAAAUGGGUGCUGUUUAAAGAAAUGAGCAAUAAAAACUGCAGACUGAUUUGUCUGCAUGGACCUUAUGCGAAUUAUGGUUAGUAAAAAGUAUAUCGACGAUAAUCUGUUGGGCUAGAACGAGCACCUCCGGGACGUCACCAACAUCUCGUGGCAUGGCAACUUUGCCUGCAUGUGCUGUCCAACAAGGAGCCGCACCCGAGCAUGACGCACAGCAGUAGUGACAUAUCCCUCCUUCUCUGUUAUGUUGUUAAGUCAAAGGUUUCAUCAGUAAACAGUCCUCAUAGAAGUGUGAAUGACAGCGCCGCGAGCGCAACAAGCGGACGCCAGAACGUGCGUUGGCGCUGCAUCGGGAGCACAGCGAGGUUUGGCAACGCCGCCUCCGUCCACGCGCUGCGCGGGCGUACAUAGGGCCGCAAGCGCUGGAGCACGACGUGCGGCACAAGUGACUUUUGCUUCACUCUAUGGCGUGUU